CACAAGGGGGACAAUGGUUGGUCAAUGUUGGGGAAUAAAAGAGGGGUUGUUUUUGGCCCCCCUAGUUUCGGCCUUACAUGGGGACAAAGAGGGGCUUGAUUAGGUACUUUUAUAGGAUUUUAUCUGGAUCUGAGCCUUUAUCAACCUUUGAAAAAGACCGGGCUUGGCAUGUUCCUGAGGAGCUAGAUCUUUUCUCUAUGCAGCAAGCGUGCAGAAUUCUUGCUGGACAUCAUGAUUUCAGUUCCUUUAGAGCCGCUGCAUGUCAGGCAAAAUCACCAGUCCGAACUUUGGAUGAAUUAAGCGUUACUGAGGUGGGAUCAAGUCCAUAUUUCCCAUCAACUUCAGAAAGGAAACCAAGUGGUGCUGUUAUGAAUGGCCUGCCUGACACCUUGAAUUCUGUGAUUCCCAAUCUUGAAGGUAGACGUGAGUUUGGGAUUAGAAGAAGGCAUCGUUGCUUAGUUGUCACAGCAAGGGCACGCUCUUUUCUUUACCAUCAGGUUAGACUACUAGUGGGAGCUCUCAAAGCUGUGGGGACUGGGGAUCUCACUGUUCCUGAUGUUCAACGCAUCCUCGACGCGAAGACAGUAACUGCUGCAAGCCCAAUGGCCCCAGCAUGUGGUCUUUACCUUGGACACGUGAAAUAUGAUCUGCCUCCUCCUCCUGAAACUGAAGGAUCAGAAAAAACAAUAUGACACCCAUAUUGUUUGCACUGAGGUAUCAAAACUAUGUCAUGAUCAUUUUUGGUAGCUCGCACCCGACACAUAAGCACGAACGGGUUUCCAUCAUAAAACCAAUUGUGCAAUAUGUAGUUAUGCACACAAUUUGAAGAUCUCAAGGUUAAAACAUUAUUCCAGGAUGAGUUUUCCCCCAAAAAUUGUCUCUCUGCUCACAAGUAGUGUUAAGAUUUGGGUACACUCACUCCCUAGAUCCUACUUUUUUGUGAGAUUUUACUGGGUUUAUUGUUGUUGAGUUAAAGCAGGCUAACUCUGUAGCAUUUAGCUUGUUUAGCCAAGCCCUUGCUGCAUAUGUUGAUGAGACCAUGGGAAAACAUAAAACCCAAACCAGCAUUGAAGACUAGGAAAAAUCAUUAUUGGUGGUCAAAUACUGUUUUUCUACUCAUUGCAAAUUUUAUGUUAUUCUGCACUAUGUUGAAAAUUGAAUAUCACUUUCUAUCUUUGAAUAUCUAUUCAGUUUUGACUUUUUGCAAUCAAUCACUUUCAGUGUUUGACCUAUAAUUCAAUAAAGAUUACUAGAUGGU